AUGAUCAGACUGGGCAGCUCAUGGUUUUCUGAGGACUUCUUGAGGAAAGUUUGUGGCAUCGAUGAAAUGUGCAGUGGAAAGGAAUGGUUUGAACUGAGCCCCGAUGGCAGAAGCCUGGUCAACGUUCACAUCACUAUGGGUCGUAAAAGACGGGAAUGUGCUGUUGUCAUUAACGACAAUGACAUACGACUGUUAAUUGAGAAGCACUCUAAGCCAGAGGAUCCACCAAUAACGUGUGCAGACGUCAAAGUGUCGAAAUCCCGACAAGUGGUGACCCUGCUUAACGGCCUUGAAGUCGUCUGCGACACUACGACCGACAACGGAGGAUGGAUCGUGUUUCAGCAAAGAUAUGAACUGAGAAUUGACUUCUCCUACAAAGAAAAGAACUACUACGCUAAAUACAAUAACUUUUCUCUUUUGGGCGAACCGGAGUACUACACUAUCCAGAUAUCCGGAUAUUCGGGCAAUGCUGAAGACACGAUGUCGUAUCACAAUGGUCAAGCAUUCACCACCUUUGACCGUGACCACGACAAAUUUGAGAAUGGAAACUGUGCAGAACGCUACCACGGAGGCUGGUGGUACUCGGGAUGUCACCACGUCCACCUGAACGGCAACUGGGGAAACAAAAAAUGGUAUGGACAUGGCCUGACCUGGCUGCCGGUGACCGGCUUCUUCGACUCUGUCACCUUCAGCGAAAUGAAAAUACGGCCUGUGGAUAACGAUCUGCGUUGUUCAAACGCCCUACUCUAA